GAUCAAGACCCCACCAGAAUGAGACUGCAAGAUGGUGUUCCAGGGAUGACCUUGUGGAAGGAUGUUGUGGGCCGUUGUCCGGGAUUGCGGCUGAGCAAAUCUGGGGAAGGUCGUUGGCUGAAGUUCAGCUCCCCGCCUCACUUCGAUGGGCCAUGGCGGGGUUGAGGAGGACCAAAGAGAGGCUUGAAUGUGGCUCUGGUAUCGGUGAGACGUGCAGGAAGAUGUGUCUCAACCACCAACCAGCUUCCAGAACGGAAUCAACAAAAUAACAAAGCGGUGUGCUGCUCCUGAAGAAAGGGAACGGCCACUCCGGGAACUCUUUCUUGUCUGCGCUGGCGAGAAAAAGACGGGAGGAUGUCCCCAUUGUUCAAGGUUUUCGCAGCCGUUUGAGCAAGGCCACCACCUCGUGGCUUCGGGCACCCAGCUGGAUCUGUUUUACCAGAAAGUUAGUGUAGACAUACAGUUUCGCAAGCACCUGGAAAGCGAGAACUGAGCGGCUUGGAGAACCCUGAAGACCCUGAGUGUUGCAAAGACACCAAAUGGUCUUUUGUAGUGUAGAGUUACCGUUUUGGAUAAAUGAUUUGCAUCGCUACCGAUCUCGUCACAUUGGCCUUUUCCAGCCCCGCCUCCCCAUCGCUAACUUUGAAGGCAACAACAGCAUAACGUCAACAAACAAACAAAAUAAACAUCAGCGACCGCGCUUUUGUAGCACGCAUCUCACCGCCUGUAGAUUCCAAAACAGAAAAUGUAAACCUGGCAGCAUCCCUUGAUGCUUAUGAAGUAUUCGUAUCCCGUUCCUCCAUCUGCAGAAUCUCUCUGGUCACCCGGCCAAACAAGCACUGCCAAGAGCCAAGUCCAAGCCCUGAGCCUGGACCACAGCACCGGCCGUGCCGCACCUGAGUCCCCCCCAACAAGAGUCCAAGACAACCAAAACAGAAGCAGUCUUCUUCAGGUGCCGCACACGCCUCUCAUCAGCCCUCUUUCUUUUCUGUCCUCUGCAAUCUCACCUACAUUUUUAAUCUACCCGUCCGUCGUUAAAUGCCUUUGUUGUCGAUGUUGUUUCCCCUGCCGUAGACAAAGAAACAGCUCAGCCUGCCCUGACUCGGAGAUUCCAGCCCUGCGUCGCAACAGACAGAUUGGAGAGAGACAGGACCAACAGAAAGUCGAUCAUCCAUUACCCCCCCUUUCCAAGUUUCUCGUUGCCCAGUGCCAGUUCGCCCCCCGGAGAUCAAGGCACACUAUCGCUCAAAUCCGUUCGUCCCCACUGGUCUGCCCAUGCAAGGCCCUGCCAACCAGGACGUCCCGACCUUCUCGAUUCGACCCUUCGACCCUGAAAAAUUGUUCAGGGACCUACCCGUUCGCUAUCCGCCACCGCGACCGAGGGAGAGUGACAUCCGUAAAUAGGGGAGCGAGCGAGCAUAUCAUAUCAGGGGACACAGGUUGCCCAUCGUCAAGUCACCGUUACGAGGGCAAGGGCAGUCAGUCAGUCAUCACAGAGAGAACCUUGGGAGCCGGCGCAUCACGCAGACCGCUCCAUCACCACUAAUCGGCUUCCACUACGGAUACGGGCUCGAGCCUGCCCCUCGGUUCUGCCGUUUCUCUGCUCGACAACGAGGACGAGGACGACGACGACGACGCCCAAGCCGUAACACACGUCGGCUUGACCCAUCCGCUUCGUUUUCCUCCGCAUUACAUUCUCCCAAGCGUCCGUCAUCAUGUCCACCCAGUCAUCCACUCGCCCUAGGCGCAACUCGGCGCACCCGGUGUCGUCGCGCGCUCGAGGCGUGAGCAUGUCGUUUGCGGCGCGACAGGAUUCGGGAUUGUUGGCGCUGGAGGACAAUGGUUAUGAAGACUUUGCUCGCCUGUCUCUGGAGAAGAGCAGGAGCCACGGCUUCUCCGGGCGGGAACAUGUCCAUGUGCAUGACCACGACGGAGCACCCGGCUCCUCCAAGGCACCGCACCAGGGAAACAUCAAGAGGAUGCUUCGACGGGCUUCUGUCUCUUUCAAAACAAACGUCAAAGGCUUCAUGCACCGGCGCACCUCGAUCCCCGCUUCCACAGUCUUUUCCACAGACAGCCACGACUCGAAGUCCCCCUUUCUGAGCUCGUCCCCGCCAAACUGCGACCGACCUGCCACGUCUCACUCCACAUGGCACCGCCUGCGGCAAGCCACAAGCUUCCAUCGCCAUUCGAGGGUGCUGUACACCGGUCAUGGUGAGCGCGCCUUUGGACAUGAUCUCGCGACCAUCCAAUCGCCGACCUUCCCCGUCCCCGGGUCCGGCGGGCAGCCUCCCAUUAUCCCGCGCAACACGGGUGCUGCUGCGAGGCAAGCGGCGGCAGCCAUUGCCUGCAGUGGUAGGCAAGGAUACGAGUUUAUGGAGUUCCAGAGGCCGCACCCGAGCUGGCUCGAUGAUGAUUUCUUUGGUGACAGCGAGAGCGGCAUCGGAAUUGCCUUGACAAGCUCCUCCGAGAUCGAUGCGGGUGGUGGCUCCAAGGGCGAGCUGUCAUCCUAUGGGAGCAGCGAGAAGACCGACAUUGUCAAGGUUGACUUUAUCUCGCAGCUGCCAACGGAGCUGGCUAUUCUUAUCCUCGCCGAGCUCGAUGGCCCGACUUUGGGGACGGCCAGUCUGGUCAACAAGCGCUGGGCUCAUGUUGUCGAGAACCGGCAUGUCUGGCGGGAGUCGUUCUUGCGGGAAAAGACGACGGCUUAUGCCACGGGUGGAAGUAUCCAGCCCGGGAGUGGUUUGGGAGUUCCGUUUGUUCACCCCGGGAAUGACUGGAAGAACAUAUACAGGGCCAAGGAGCAGCUCGAUCGCAACUGGAAAGAGGGCAAGGCUCGCCCGGUGUACUUGAACGGUCACACCGACAGCAUUUAUUGCCUGCAAUUCGAUGAAGACAAAAUCAUCACCGGAUCUCGCGACCGCACCAUCCGGGUCUGGGAUAUGCGCACCUACGCCUGCAAACUCGUCAUCGGUCCCCCGGAAGUGGUCAACGAUCCCGCCCUCUCCAUCGUCUACGACCCCAGCGGCAACCCAAUUCACUACGCUCACCUCCCCGACCUCGACCCGACUCCUGGGCCCGACGGUCUCCCCCGCGCCACAGUCCGCGCUCACCACUCCGUCCCCACCAUCCUCUCCCCUUCCAUGCACCACAAAGCCUCCAUCCUCUGCCUCCAGUACGACGACGAAAUCCUCGUCACCGGCUCCUCGGACGCGACCUGCAUCGUCUACAGCAUACGCUCCGGCUAUCGCCCCAUCCGCAAACUAGCCCACCACUCGGCCGCUGUUUUGGAUCUCGUCUUUGACGACAAGCACAUCGUCACCUGCAGCAAGGACAUCUCCAUCUGUGUCUGGGACCGCGCAACAGGCGCCCUGAUCAAGCAGCUCCGCGGCCACUCGGGCCCCGUCAACGCAGUCCAAAUGCGGGGCAACACCAUCGUCUCCUGCAGCGGCGACUUCAAGGUCAAGCUCUGGAACAUUGACUCGGGCAAAAACAUUCAAGAAUUCGUCGGGCACACCAAGGGCCUGGCGUGCAGCCAGUUUUCCGAAGACGGGAGGUGGAUCGCGUCUGCGGGCAACGACAAGAUCAUCCGGAUCUGGGACGCCAACACGGGAGAGUGUGUCAGGGAGAUGAAGGCGCAUGAUAACCUUGUCAGGAGCCUGUACGUGGACUCUGUGUCGGGACGGCUGGUGAGCGGGAGCUAUGAUAGCGACAUCAAGGUUUGGGAUAUGGAGACGGGGCAGCCGCUGUUGGAUUUUCCAAAGUGGCAUUCGAGUUGGGUUUUGAGCGCGAAGAGUGAUUAUAGGAGGAUUGUGAGUUCGGGGCAGGAUCCAAAGAUCUUGAUUUUGGAUUUUGGGGCGGGGGUGGAAGGGGUGGAGAUGUUGGAGAGUAGGAGGCGGGUUGUGGAGGAGGUGGGUUUGGGUUUGGGUUGUAGGGGGGAGCAGCAGCAGCAGGAGUGGCUUUGACAUAGGUGAUUUUGUCUUUUUUGGGCGCGGCAUUAGCGAUUGCUGGCAUUUUACACUUAGGGAGCCUUGGACUAGCCAUUGCUUUUUGAGGCUGUUUUUCUUUCUUUUUCUGGUCUUGUCUUGUUUAUUUUGCAUUGCGACUGGGGAGUUGCUUGUGCUUUUUUCCUUCUCUCUCUGGGCAGGCUGGGACGGACGGAUUGGAUGGGACGAGAUUGACGAGGAUGAGGGCAAAUGUAUGUCCUGGAUAUGUGUGGAAGGAUGGAUAUGUGUGUUGGUUCCGAGUUGGAGAAUGAAGGAAGGAGUGUUGUAUGAACGGGUGGAUGGAUUGGAUGGAGACAAGGGAAGCGAGCAUCUAGACGCCUUUCUUUUUCUUCAUCUUUUUUUUAUUUUUGUAAAAUCUUUUUGCAAAGUCCUUGAGCUUUUCGGGGUUUAUCAGGGGUAGGGAUGAGAUGCAGGGGACUGGUGCCUCUGCUAUUAUAGAAGUAUUUUAAUUGUUACACUUUUUUUCCCAACUGACGAAACAAAAAUAAGGUCA